UUUUUUUUUAUUUCUGUAACUCUUUAUCAUAAUGUCUACUGCCAACUCUCAAGGUAUCAAUACUCUCUUGGACGCUGAACGUGAAGCUGCUAAAAUUGUCCAAAAAGCCAAACAAUACCGUGUUCAACGUUUAAAGGAUGCUCGUUCAGAAGCAGCCAAAGAAAUCGAAGAACUCAAGGCACAAAAGAAUGCUGAAUACCAAAACUUUGUUGCUCAGCACUCUGGACAAUCAGAUCAAAGUCUCAGCAAAGUUGAUGAAGAAACCGAAGCCAAGAUUGCAGAAAUUCGUGCUGCUGCUAAAGAAAAGAAGCAAGAUGCUAUUGACAAGUUGCUUAAGGCUAUCACGAAUGUUGAAGCUAAACCUCAUGAAAAUCACCGUGUUUAAAUCACCGCUUUCGUUGAUUGCAUAUUCCUCACUCUCUGUCUCACCUCCAAUAAAGUAAACGAUCAAUCUUCAAGUUUAAUUUUUGUAUAUAAAAUCAUCUUUUGUUUUUUUAGUAAGAUGAAAGA